CGCCCGCUCUCUGUCCUCGGCCGCCGCCCGGCCGCCCUCUCCGCGCCUGCAGCCCAGGACGGGCGGCUUUCCGCGGCCAUGGCGCAGAAGCCGAGCCGGCGGCAGCCCACCGCGGCGCAGCUGAUGGACCGCAAGCAGCACGAACUCUACUUCCAGCAGAUGCGGGAGCUGGAGCACCGCAAGAAGCUGGAUCGUGUCCACCAGCUGGAGGUGAUGUGGGAGGCCGAGGACCGCGUGCAGCAGAAGCGCGUCACGCGGCUGCUGCGGGAGGAGGAGCACGAGCAGCGCAUGGAGGAGGCCGUGCACAAGGCGGAAGAAAGUAAAAGGCUAAAAGACCUGGAAUUGCAGCAGGAAGAAAAACUGGCAACUGAAUUAGCAAGAUUAAACCAUGACAAACUUAAAGAUGAAAAAAUGAGGCAACAAAUCAAAGAAAAUAGUAUUGAACUGCGUGAAUUGGAGAGGAAAUUGAAAUCUGCAUAUAUGAAUAAAGAGAGGGCUGUUCAGAUUGCUGAGAAAGAUGCUCUGAAAUAUGAAAAAAUGAAGGAGGAUGCAGAUAUCUACCAAGCAAUGAAGGAAGAGCAAGAAAGAGCAGCCAAGGCAGAGAAUGCUGUUGAAACAAGACGCAACCAGGAGAAGUUGCUCUAUCAGCAAGAACUGGAGAAACAGCUGGAGGAAGAGGAGAGGCGGAAGCAGGUGGCUUAUAAGGAGUUCCUUAGAGAGAAACUCUUGAUUGAUGAAAUUGUGAGGAAGAUCUACGAGGAAGAUGAAAAGGCAAGACAAGAGAGACUGGAGAAAAAGAGAACAACGCAGAAAUUCAUUGAAGAAUUCAAAAAAGACCAGGCCCUGCGGAGGAGACGACAGCGUGAAGAGAUGGAAGAGGAAAACCAAAAGAUCAUGGAAUUUGCUAACAUGUGGCAGGAGAGAGAAGACAACCGAAUGGCAAAGAUUCAUGAAAAUGAGGAGAAAAAAAGAAAACUCCAGCAAAUGCUUGCAGAAGUUCUGAAAAAAGAGCAGCAGGAGCGAGAGGAACUUGAGCAAAUCCAAGCCGAGUUGCACUUUGAAGAACAGGCUGAGACAGAGAGGAAGAAGGAGAUGGAAGAGCUGGAGAAGAAGAUCAGGCAGCGCCUAGAGCUCCGGAACUCCUAUGAAGAACAGCUGGCUUCAAGGAAGAUGCUGCUGCAGGCCUUGAAGGAAGAGGAGGUGGCCUUUGGCCAGGCCAUGUUAGCCAAAUUUGCAGAAGAUGACCGUAUUGAGCAGAUGAACGCUCAGAAACGAAGAAUGAAGCAACUGGAACAUAGGAGAGAGGUGGAGAAGCUGAUCCAAGAACGACGCAAACAGGUCAUCGCAGACAAGGAACGUGAACUAGAAGAAAGACAAAUAGAAGAAAGAAGGAGAGGAACCAUUGCUGACAUUAUUGAGGAAGAGCGGCAGAAGCUUCUUAAAGAGCAUGCAGUUCAACUGCUGGGGUAUCUUCCACGGGGAAUCCUUAAAGAUGAGCAAGACGUUCAUAUGCUUGGAGAAGAGUUCCGGCAAGCUUACCAAAAGAGGCCAGGGGAUGGGCCGUCAGAAGUCAACUGAGUUUUCAUUGCUUCACCUGAAGAGCCCACCUAGCAGUCACCCCAGCCUACAGAUUGCAUUCACUGCUACACAGACUUUUUUAAAAAAUGACUUUUAUAUUGAUAAACUACUUCUUUGACUAGUGUUCCCAGUUUCUUUGCAAUAUUCUUUUAUUUUUUUAUUACACGGUUGACCUUUCUUAAGCUCUAGACAGCAUAAGUGCCUCCUCCCUGUUCUUCCCCACAACCCUGUGAGGGAGGGUAGGGC